AUGAUAUACAGACAUCUUCUCCCGUUGGUGGCUUUGCUACUAAUCGGCUCUGAAAUCAGUCUCAGUGGUAACAUACUGGUUCUUCCCGGUGAAUUCAGCCACUGGUACAACAUGCGAGUAAUCGUGGAUGAGCUGGUCGCUCGGAAUCACAGUGUGACUGUUCUCAUUCACUCAGCAUCGCCUUCGAUCAACUUCAAGCAAAAGGAGAACUUCAAAUACAUUGUUUUUAAGGUCAGCACGGAAAAAGAAGAAGCAGAGUUCCUGUGGCAAAACUUUAUUAACUCUUCGAUGAAUGAGACCCUCACUGGGAUUCAGACUUUGUUGUUGUUUUGGAACAUAAUGUCUGAAAUUCAAAGCUAUCUGGAAUCAAUAUGUGACGGGAUGCUGCUCAAUCAGGAGCUCAUAGCUUCACUCAGGGAAUCACACUUUGAUGUACUUCUAUUUGAUCCUGUGAUGCCAUGCAGUGAUCUACUGGCAGAGACCCUCGGCCUCCCCCUGGUCAUGUCUAAUAGACUGUUUUUGGCAUACACUUUUGAGAGACUGUGCGGUCAGUUGCCAACUCCACCGUCAUAUGUGCCCGCUGUUGCCACUCAAGGGCAUCUCACUGACCACAUGAGCUUCAUAGAGCGGGUAGAGAAUGUGCUGUUGUAUGUUGCUCUCACAGCAUUGUACAAACUGCAAAUGAUAACGUUUGAUAAAUGUUACACCAAAAUAACAGGUAAACCCACAACAGUGUGUGACACUAUGGGAAAAGUGGACAUUUGGUUAAUUAGAACUUACUGGGACUUUGAGUAUCCUCGACCGCUCCUGCCGAACUUCAAAUUUGUUGGGGGGCUGCAGUGCAAGCCUGCAAAGCCACUUCCAAAAGAGAUGGAGGAGUUUGUUCAGAGCUCAGGGGAUGAUGGCAUUGUGGUGUUUUCCUUGGGCUCCAUGGUGAAGGACCUCCCCAAAAAGAGAGCCAACACCAUCGCUGCAGCACUCGGGCAGAUCCCACAGAAGGUCUUGUGGCGGUAUACGGGAGAGAAACCAGACACUCUUGCUCCAAACACAAGACUCUAUGACUGGAUUCCCCAGAAUGAUUUACUAGGACAUCCUAAAACCAAGGCCUUCAUCACUCAUGGUGGGACUAAUGGAAUUUAUGAAGCUAUUUACCACGGUGUCCCAAUGGUGGGCAUUCCACUGUUCGGUGACCAGACAGACAAUCUGUUCCACAUGAAAACUAAAGGAGCGGCUGUUAUACUCGAAUACAACAAAAUGGAGACCAAAGACCUGAAGGACGCUCUCACCGAAGUUAUUAACAAUCCCUCGUACAAAGAGAGCAUGAUGAGGCUUUCCCGAAUCCACCAUGAUCAGCCGAUGAAGCCGCUGGACCAGGCUGUCUUCUGGAUCGAGUUUGUGAUGCGCAACAAGGGGGCCAAGCACCUGAGGGUGGCAGCCCAUGACCUCACUUGGUACCAGUACUACUGCCUGGAUGUCGCUGCCUUUUUGCUGUCCAUAGUCGCUCUGGUCACAUUCAUCUUUGUGAAAUCGUGUGCUUGGCUCUUCCGUAAAUGUUGCAGAAGGACCUCAGCAAAGAGCAAAAAAGAGUGAAUAACUGAACGAACAUCACUGUGUUAAUGAUUACUGUGAUAUUUUCACAUGGGUUUUUUACGUCUAAAGUGCUCUAUUAUACUGUAAAUGUAUGUUAUACAUUCCUCAGGUUUUUUACUAUUUAACCUUAGGUUCUCACCAAUUUCAGCAAAAGUAAUCAAACACAUUUUAUAAAUCAUUUUCACUGUUCUCAACAGCACUCAAAGGGAUUUUAUCCAUUUCUUGUAGAGUGUUUUCUUUUGAAUAACAAAACAUUGAUUAUGCAAAUGUCAAAUCAGCUUUUUUUUAGAUUAUUUAGGGCAUUCUGCGCAUAUAUAACUGAAAGUCUGCUCUGUUUUAUGUAUUUUAAUGUACUGAAUUAUAAUGUGAUUUUGCUGCAGUGUUGAAACUUGAAUGAUGACAAAAACAGACGAAACCAAACAAAAUAUGACCACAAUGCAAUUUUAAAUGAGAACAAAUAUAGACGUAGAAGAAUCCUAGAAGCAAGAAUCAAAGAAUUUAAGCGUAAUACAUGAGUAAUGAAAAAGACUAAUAAAGAAAAUAGGUAUAAAUGGUUUUCAUCUUUUAAAGUUACAAUAGAAAUUGUCUCAGAUAUUUUGAACUAAUUUGAUCACUGUUGGCUCUCUGUAAGCAAAAUGUUGGGACUCUUGUGUUGAGCUGCUAGCGAACAAUAAGGGGUGACUGGGAAGGAACCUCUGCUGUGAAAACAUCUCGCACCUCUUUAUAAAGAUGACCAUACCGAGAUAAAACGGACAAUUGUAGCUUUCAUAAAAUAACUGUUUACAACUGUGUGAUGAUGAUGAUGACUAUCAGUGGUGCUAAUUCUCUGUUCCUUUCUUUAAAACUUACUCCGAAUUACCAUCUAACGUUGAAUGAGCAUAAACUACAUCCACUUUUAUCAUUAAGUGAAAGAUGGUAAUAAUAAUAUUUUGCAACUAUGACUGUUGUAGAGAGACGUUAGUGACAUUACACAGAAACGUGAAAUAAUGAAAAUAGGUUGAAUAAAGUAGAAACUAGGCAACAAUGUUCUAACAGUAUAUUUGUAAACUAUGUAAUAAGCAGUGAUUUUCAGCUCAGUAACAUUAUUAUUCUAUUAAUACUGGUUAUAUUUUCUGAGUUCCACCUUAAAUGGUGCCUGAAUGCCUCAGCCUCCAGCUACCUCAGACGGAGGAACCAGACUCGACUGGUCUCAACAACCAUUUCCACCUUACCCCGAGACCAAGUCCAAAUAAAAUUAGAGUUAACUUAGCAGCUCUGGGGUAAAACCCAGUCAGUUCAGCGUGGUUGUUUUACUGCAGUAAGUCACAGUGAAGCCAGCUGAAGUUCCAAAGUGUCUGCAUUUAUUUUUGGUUCCAUGCACUUCAGCUAAACUUAGUUUAAAGUAAAAUAAGUAGAAGGUAAAGAGCCAUGGGUUAGGUAAAACUAGCAUUAUAGUGGGAUAACUAACAGGCAGAUUCUUAGCAAUCUAUCUGCAUCACCAUCAGAUUGCUUGUAUUACUUGUGCCAUGAGUAAUGUUUGUACUUGUGUAUCUGAUGACAUCACCCUGUUGCCCAGGCGUAGGUGCACUUUACUUCUCUCAGAGUGGAUACUAACUUUUACCCUUUUAUUGAGUGUGCGCUAAAAAUGAGUGCAAUAUAACUACCAAACUGACUUUACUACUGUCACAAUUGGCCCCUCCCAGUCCUGUCCAUGUGUUUGUGUUGUUUUGGUUUAGCCCAUGUGCGUUUGUUUUGGUUUAGCCCCCUUGUUUCAAUAUUCCGCCCCUGAUUGUCUCCACCUGUU